GCGGCGCGGCGGGCGCGGCGGGCCCUGCAUAAGACGCCAGGCUCCAAAGAUUAUUUCUCUUUAUUCAGAAGCAUAAAGUUGUUUGCUGAUUACAAGAAGAUGUUUCUUUGGCUCUUUCUGAUUUUAUCAGCCCUGAUUUCUUCGACAAGUGCAGAUUCUGACAUAUCAGUGGAAAUUUGCAAUGUGUGCUCCUGCGUGUCAGUUGAAAAUGUGCUCUAUGUCAACUGUGAGAAGGUUUCAGUCUACAGACCAAAUCAGCUGAAACCACCUUGGUCUAAUUUUUAUCACCUCAAUUUCCAAAACAAUUUUUUAAAUAUCCUCUACCCAAAUACAUUCUUGAAUUUUUCACACGCAGUAUCCCUGCAUCUGGGAAAUAAUAAACUGCAGAACAUUGAGGGAGGAGCCUUUCUUGGGCUCAGUGCAUUAAAGCAGUUGCACUUGAACAACAAUGAAUUAAAGAUUCUCCGAGCUGACACUUUCCUUGGUAUAGAGAACUUGGAGUAUCUCCAGGCUGACUACAAUUUAAUCAAGUAUAUUGAACGAGGAGCCUUCAAUAAGCUCCACAAACUGAAAGUUCUCAUUCUUAAUGACAAUCUGAUUUCAUUCCUUCCUGAUAAUAUUUUUCGAUUCGCAUCUUUGACCCAUCUGGAUAUAAGAGGGAAUAGGAUCCAGAAGCUGCCCUAUAUCGGAGUUCUGGAACACAUUGGCCGUGUCGUUGAAUUGCAACUGGAAGACAACCCUUGGAACUGCAGCUGUGAUUUGUUGCCUUUAAAAGCUUGGCUGGAGAACAUGCCAUAUAACAUUUACAUAGGAGAAGCUAUCUGUGAAACUCCCAGUGACUUAUAUGGAAGACUUUUAAAAGAAACCAACAAACAAGAAUUAUGCCCCAUGGGAACAGGCAGUGAUUUUGAUGUACGCAUCCUGCCUCCAUCUCAACUGGACAAUGGCUACACCACUCCCAAUGGUCACACUACCCAAACAUCCUCACACAGAUUAGUGACCAAACCACCGAAAACGACAAAUCCUUCCAAAAUCUCUGGCAUAGUGGCAGGCAAAGCUCUCUCCACCCGCAAUCUCAGUCAGAUUGUGUCUUACCAAACUAGGGUGCCUCCUCUUACACCUUGCCCAGCACCUUGCUUUUGCAAAACACAUCCUUCCGAUUUGGGACUGAGUGUUAACUGCCAAGAGAAAAAUAUUCAGUCCAUGUCUGAACUGGUACCGAAACCUUUAAAUGCCAAGAAGCUGCAUGUCAAUGGCAAUAGCAUCAAAGAUGUGGACAUCUCAGACUUCACAGAGUUUGAAGGACUGGAUUUGCUUCAUUUAGGCAGCAAUCAGAUUACAGUGAUCAAGGGAGAUGUAUUCCACAAUCUUACUAAUCUACGCAGGCUGUAUCUCAAUGGCAAUCAGAUCGAAAGACUCUAUCCUGAAAUAUUUUCAGGCCUUCAUAACCUGCAGUAUCUGUACUUGGAAUACAAUUUGAUUAAGGAAAUCUUAGCAGGCACCUUUGACUCCAUGCCAAAUUUACAGUUACUGUACUUAAACAAUAAUCUCUUAAAGAGCCUGCCUGUUUACAUUUUUUCUGGAGCAUCCCUUGCUAGACUGAACCUGAGGAAUAACAAAUUCAUGUACCUCCCUGUCAGUGGGGUCCUCGAUCAGCUGCAGUCUCUUACACAAAUUGACUUGGAGGGCAACCCCUGGGACUGCACGUGUGACUUGGUGGCGUUAAAGCUGUGGCUGGAGAAGUUGAACGAUGGGAUUGUUGUGAAAGAACUGAAAUGUGAGACACCUGUUCAGUUUGCCAACAUCGAACUAAAGUCCCUCAAAAAUGAAAUCUUAUGUCCCAAACUUUUAAACAAGCCAUCUGCACCAUUCACGAGCCCUGCACCCGUCAUUACAUUCACCACCCCGUUGGGGCCCAUUAGAAGUCCUCCUGGUGGCCCAGUGCCUCUGUCUAUUUUAAUCUUAAGUAUCUUAGUGGUCCUUAUUUUAACUGUGUUUGUUGCUUUUUGCCUUCUUGUUUUUGUGCUGCGACGCAACAAGAAACCCACGGUGAAGCACGAAGGCCUGGGAAAUCCGGAAUGUGGCUCCAUGCAGCUGCAGCUAAGGAAGCAUGACCACAAAACCAAUAAAAAAGAUGGACUGAGCACAGAAGCUUUUAUUCCACAAACCAUAGAACAGAUGAGCAAGAGCCACACCUGUGGCUUGAAAGAGUCAGAAACCGGAUUCAUGUUUUCAGAUCCUCCAGGACAGAAAGUCAUUAUGAGAAAUGUUGCCGACAAGGAGAAAGAUUUAUUACAUGUGGAUACCAGGAAGAGACUGAGCACAAUUGAUGAGCUGGAUGAACUAUUCCCCAGCAGGGAUUCCAAUGUGUUUAUUCAGAAUUUUCUUGAAAGCAAAAAGGAGUAUAAUAGCAUAGGUGUCAGUGGCUUUGAGAUUCGCUAUCCAGAAAAACAACAAGACAAAAAAAACAAGAAGUCACUGAUAGGUGGCAACCACAGUAAAAUUGUUGUGGAGCAAAGGAAGAGUGAGUAUUUUGAACUGAAGGCAAAACUUCAGAGUUCCCCUGACUACCUACAGGUCCUUGAGGAGCAAACAGCUUUGAACAAGAUCUAG